GAGCAUCGAUGUGUGUUUUGGUGUUGUGAUUGGUCAACAACAUUUAUUAAGUACGUAUUAAUUGUAUUUAAACAAUAAUUUAAGCACGGAGACUCUUUUUCAACUUGUAAUGCGUAACUCUAAGAAAGCAUAAUCCAACUACAUUGAUUAUCACCAAUUGGUGGCAAAGAAAACCGAUAGAAAGCUGCGCGUGUGAAAAAGAAACCACUAAAAAAUAAAAAUAAACAUGUAUUCUGAGUGGGCAUCGCUGUCAGCGCAGAUUAGUGCAAAUAGCUGUGGUGCGCAAUGCUUUAGUGUUCUCAACAAGUUUCCAGCAUCCGCUGGACGGGAGGUCGUCAUCUCGGUGGUGAAACAGCUGGGUACCAAUUUGGGCAUAACACAGAAUGCGGAGCCCAGUCACCUGGUCAAGGAUGAGGAGGUUAAAUGGUGCAUGGAUGUCAUUUGUUUUGGACUGUCGUUACCCCUGCAGGAGCACGAAACCAUCAAGGAUUGUGUCAAUGUUUACUGCGAAUGGCUGACCGCUCUGCAUCCACAGCCUAGAAUCAGUGUCCCCAAGCCAAUUUGUGAAGAUGCGAAUCUCUACGCAAGACAGAUAAUCAAUCACUUUCACAAUCUCUUUGUGCCGCGACAGGGUGAAAGCAGUGAUACCAUCAAACGUCAGGCGGUACUUUGUCAUCGUGUACUGCGUACUCUGCAGCAAACAGCUCAAAUAUCACAACAUAUGGAUCGUCAGACCUGGGAUACACUUUUGCUGUUCCUUUUGGCCAUUAAUGAGAUUUUGCUGGCACCGCCAACUGUCAAGGAUGACGUCGGCGAUCAGUUGUGUGAGCGUGUGCUCUCUGUGCUUUUCGAGGUUUGGCUAUUGGCCUGCGUCCGCUGCUUUCCCUCGCCCUCUUUGUGGAAAACAUUACAGGAGUCAUGCGCCAUGUGGCGUCAUCGCGUCGCACUGGUGGAUCAGUGGAACCGCGUUAAUUUGGCAUUGACCGCACGUCUGCUCGAGUUUAGUUAUGGUCCGGACUUCACACAACUCAAAAUUGCGGACGAGGACAGUCAGCUUAUACCUGCCGGAAUGUCCAACGAUUGUGUGGCACAGACUUGGUAUCGAUUCCUGCGCAUGAUUGGCAAUCCCACAGCUCUCUGUUCACCGCAUAUAAUAAGCAAAUCUUCGCACUUUGUGCAAUGGGCUCUAACACAUGAGAAGGGCGCCGAGACGCAUCAACAUCCGUGCCUGCAAAUGUUGCCGCAAAUCUUUCUCAAUGCUAUCAGGGGAAUUUCCAGUCAAGUAGACGCAUUUUUGGGCGUUUAUCAGCCACCAUCUAAUCAGCAGGACAACAACGUUACGAAUCUGCUUGAGAUACGUCACUCACUAAACGAGGCAACCUCGUCAACGCUUCAGCAGUUUAUACACUCGAGCAGCGUUUCAAAUAUAAGCACGCAACAAACGGGUGCAACUGUAUCCCAUCAUCAUCAGCAGCAUCAUCAUCAUCAUCACUAUCCCCAUUUGCAUUUACAUGGAGCUGGUAGUUUUCUUCGAGAUAACUUUGUAAGCUCUUCGGCCAGCUCUGCCUUGAAUGCCAUCAUGGGUCAUCAUCAUCCGCAACAGCUGAUAGCAACAUCGCAGUCUCAGGGUCACGGCAGCAACUUAAGCGCUUCUCCAACCAAUCUUUGUCACGUUCCAGUGCCAGUGAGCAGCAUCAGCGCAGGUGGCAGCCAUUCAGCUGGCGUUGUUGGCUGCAUUUCAUUUAGCUCAGAUGAGCCAGCGUUGCCAUGGGCAAACUCAAAUAGCAGCACCUGUGUCACACCCACACCGCCUCUUCAGCGUCGACUCGCCAAAAGUUUCAGCGUGGCGCCAUCCAUAACACAGCAGAAGGCGCUGCCAUCCAUCGGUGCCGAGCUGCGACCGACAUUGUCUGUAGCUCGUCCGAAGUGCAACAGCAUUCUGCAUUUAUUCGGCGAGUGGUUGUUCGAGGCAGCGCACAUAGGCGGCGACACUUGGCUACAGAACCGUAAGAGACAAGCAUGCGAAGCUAGUAAACGACCCUCAUCAAUGAUAAUGGAGAAUCGUAAGGGAUCCAUAUCGCUAUCGCAGCCAAAUUCACUUAAUGAUCCGUCAUCCCUGCCGCCCACUUUGACCAUUGACAAAUAUGAGUCCGGCCGUGCUGAGGCUAUUGGUACCCUGUGCAAGAUCUUCUGUGCUAAGAAAACCGGCGAGGAAAUUCUGCCAGUCUAUUUAGCCCGCUUUUAUAUGGCAUUGCAACAGUGUCUUAAGAUUACCGAAUCCAAAGAAUGCGAUGAGACCUUGGCUAGCAUUCUGCUUCAUUCCGCUGAUUUAUUCCGCUUGGAUCUUGAUGGUAUCAAUGUGCUACUUCCUGGCUACAUAGCCGCCUUAGAAAUUGUACUGCCCGAUAAGGAUUUGAAGCUGAAGACACAGGCUACCGCAAUCAACCGAACUGAACUGCGUCGCUCAGCCAUAAACAUUUUGUUGUCGAUCAUGGUGCUUCCCCUUCAUUACCACACUCUGCCCAUUCGGAACCUGACGUCCGACUCGAGCGAAAAACAAUUGACCUUUAUUCAACUGAAAUCGCGGUUAAUGAAUAUACUGAUGAAUGCGCUGCAAGUUGAGACUGAUGCCCAAAACACACACAUGCUUCUUGGCGGAUUAUUGCUCUGUGUCCAGGACGCGGUUACCUUCGAGGAGUGCGAGUUAAGCGGCAAUGAGCAUCUGAGUGGCGCAGGUGGUCAGAAUCAUGAAGAUAAUUUGCUUAGCUCUGCGUGCUCGGAGCGUUCCGCUUCGUUAGUCAGCGGCACCGUCAGCUUUGGCGGACAAACCACAGCAAUGAGCUCGCGUGACACCGCCUCGGCCCACGAAUAUCCGAGUCUGACAAUAUCCGAUGAUAUAUCUGUGGAUUUUACACACGAUUUUGAGAGCAUAGCAUCAUAUGACAACGCUCAUGCUUUAUUUGUUCGCGCCACUUACUUGGUGUGUCAUCGUCUGAUUUCCUCGUGGAAAACCGAUCUAAAUGUAUCGCUGGCAGCACUGGAAUUACUUUCUGGUCUGGCGCGAUUGCAUAUACGUGAAACAGAUUCUUUAGUGAAAAUAGUCGAACCAAGCCAAAAUCUAACGAUAAUCUCCACAGACGCUCUAGAGUGCAAGCGGGCAGUCAAGUGGAUUUGUGACUAUAUUUGCUAUCAGUGCUCACGACCUCCUCCAGCUCACAGCAAGGAUCUGCACAGCACUAUAGUUGCGGCAUUUCAAUGUACAGCUGCGUGGCUUAUGCAGCAUCCGUAUCUUCUGCAGGACAAAGACUGUCUGCAGACGGUUCUCGAGGUGGUUGAACUAGGAAUAUCGGGCACGAAAAGCCAAAGCAAAAAUGGGGAUCUGCCCAAGUUUAAAGAUGAAAAAGAAUUAAAACCAGCUUCGAUGCGAGUACGCGAUGCAGCUGAAAAUCUGUUGACUAUUAUACUGGAGCAGGUCGGCUAUUUCCCAAGCGAAUGUGGCCCGGAGUCGAUAUCAUCGCUGCUGGACGAACUGGCUCUAAUGAAGCACUGCACUCUGCCGAGUGGAGAUGGGGCAGUUGGCGUGUACAAUGCUGAGCAAGCUAUCUCCAAAUUUAAGUACUUUGUCACGGAAAACUCGACCAUAUUGGCCUUGCUGGAGGAACCUUUGGGAAAUGAUCAGGACCCGCAGCCAACGGUCACCCUUCUUAUUCGUGGUCCUUUUGGCCGUCAUGCUUGGACCAUGCAGCUGCGCCAUCUUCCCCGUAGCAAGUCUGGAAUCAAGUACCAUGCUGCUAAUCCCGGCAGGCCCAUACCCCUAAAUGACAUAACGCAACGUCCCGAAUGUGAGCAAAAGAAUUUUCCCGAGGGCGUCGAUAAAGUGCAGCCGUGUGUGGCCGAUUAUUCAAUACCAACGAUAGAACAAAUCCGUGAACAGUAUGGAUCCAGUAUUAUAAGUGACAUAGAAGCCAUGCUCGAAAACCAAAGUAUACAUGAGAAGUUGGCUUGGGCAGAGUCCGACAACAGUGUGGAUAGCUUGUCGCAUGCCCAGGAAUGUGUGCCUCCCACGGUCUGUCACGAGUUCCACGCCGCUCGUCUGUUUCUCUCUCACUUUGGCUUUCUGAAUUUUGAGAUCCGCAAUCCGAACAAUCCCGUGGAAUCCUUAGGCACACCGCCUCAGAGACCACUUAUCGUACUUGAUACGAAAACCAGCGCUUUUGCCGCUGAUUUGGAUAAACUGGAUAAGCUUAGUGCCCGAACACAUGAUACUGUUUACGUUUUCUACGUGAAGACGGGUCAAACAAGCGCACAGCAGAUCAUUGGUAACAUGACAGAGGAUCAAUCGUACGACUCGCACUUCGCCAACAUGCUACAGACCUUGGGAUGGCCGGUCCAAGUGUCCGAUCAUUCCGGAUGGACGGGAUUCGUGAAUAACUCUUGGUCGUUAAAAGGAACGUCGGAGCAACCAGAACGUACACAACAAUCGAAUGUGCCCAGCGAAAUAAAUUACAAUGGUGCUCAACGUGUGCUCUACUGGGCGGAUGUCUCGUCUGAGAUUGCCUUUGUAGUUCCGAAUGCUUGGAAUAUGCGCUAUAAUAGUGAAAUGGACAGCUGUAGCCUGUCCAGCACUAGCAGCGAGCAGAGCACAGCGAGUAAUGUCUGGACACGCGCGGAGGAUACUGGGCCAAUGAAGUCCAAGCCACGAAAUCUCAGCUUGGAACUUGAUACUGGCAACCGAAACAAGGAACCAGUACCUCCCACACGACGAAAAGGAACUGUUUCCAAGCCAGCGUUGCUUGCCCAAGCGCCAGCUAAGAUAUUCCUGGUGUGGCUCGAAAGCUUCGAGGAUUAUUUGAACUUUCCCGUCGAAGAUCUUUUGGCCUACGCACGCACCGGAGAAGAGCUGCAAUCGAUGCAGAUGCCGAGGGCAGCCGACUGCCAUGUGAUCUUUGUACAUUCUCUUCAGUCCGGUUUGCUGAGGGUGAAACUACUAGGACCCCCUGGUCGCAUGAGCUUUGCGACGCCACUAGUCGAUGGCAUGGUGCUCAGUCGACGUGUUGUGGGUAAUUUGGUUCGUCAAACGGCUCUAAACAUAUCCCGACGUAGACGUUUAGAUAACGAAAGUUACCAACCGCCGCAUGUGCGUCGUCGACUCAAGGUGCAGGACAUAGUCCAGAAAUACAAAAUGGAUCUGAGUGAGGCAGAGCUCCUGGCGCAUUUGUUCCAACGAUCCAUUUAACUCGAAUGCAAUAACAAUAGCUUAAGUUAUCUUUCUGGUAUUAUCGGCGUCAAAUAUAUGGCCCGCUUUUUGCCAAUUACGUAUUUACUAAUUUUAGUAUUACAUCUAAUUGUAUUGAGCUUAAAUAAACUAACAAAGUUCGGUUCUCAAAAGCACAAAAACACACACAAA